UAAUGAAAAAAUGAUAGCAAUAGACAGUUUGAGGUUGAUAAACUCACCCUAACUUGCCACUCCCAGGCUCCAACCCUCUUACAAAACAGGAAAGCAAACACCCCGUCAGACGGUCAGCGGAGAGAAUCAUCAUUUCCAUCAAUGGCGUCUCCUUCACCAUCAAGCAGCUCCUCAUCGUCCAUUGGAGCAGAAACUCCUAAGACGAAAACAACAGUGAGCUUGUUCAGAAACGCCAUGAAAAGGAAGCAUCAGUUCAUCCAAUUCUUCGCCAUGUCUGGAAUUCUCCUACUCAGCAUGCGAUCUCUUGGCCAAAAGUACCGCAUUCACGACCUCUUACAAGAUACCGCUGCUCUUCAGGAUGAACAUCAGUCACUUACCGAUCGAAUAAACCACAUCAAGUCCAGUCUUCGCCACGAGGCGUCUCUCGAUUCUUCUGGAAUCUUCGCUUCUCGCCUUCGCCUCCUCUUUGGCGAUGAUCAGUAAUUUGUCAUUCUCUUUAUACUAUUUUGGAGUUUCAGUUUUGCAUCUUAGCGGCUAUGUAACUGUGUUGUGAAUCUGGAUUUUGUUAGGGUUUAUAUAACGUUUUUUCUUAAUCAUUUUUGCAAUUUCUGAAAUAAUCCACUGAACUGUUGACAAUUUUGCAUUUUCUGAAAUGAUCCACUGAACUGUUUGACCAUGUAUUGCGCGAAAUGCUAAUGAAGCUGUUUGUUAUCGCAUUUGUUGAA